AUGGCAACUGAAUCUUGGGAGUCGCUGGUGCAGAUAAAGCAGGCAAAUGCUGCUGCCAAAAUCCCUGGCACGUGGCGUCUUCCCACUGAAUACACCAACAUCUCUGAAACCGCCGGAGCCAAUGUCCUCGAUGUUCCGCGACGUUGUGGUCUCCUCACUGCUAAGCAACUGGAGAUUACCGAAAGCUAUGACGCCACAUCCCUGCUAGAGAGUAUCCAUCGCGGGAAGCUGUCUGCCUAUGAAGUCACCGAGGCAUUUUGCAUCCGUGCAGCCAUUGCGCAGCAAGUGACCCGAUGCCUCACAGAGACAUUCUUCGACCUCGCUCUCCAGCGAGCCAAAGAUUUGGACGAAAAUUUGCAAAAAACAGGUCAACCGGUUGGACCGCUCCAUGGCCUGCCCAUCAGCUUCAAGGAUUGUUUCAACAUUGAAGGUGUUCCCACCACCAUUGGGUUUACCUCAUUCAUCAAAAAUGGGCCUAUCAAGUCGAAUUCAGCACUCGUGGAGAUCAUUGUGGCUCUUGGCGGAGUCCCAUACGUCAAAACGAAUAUCCCACAGACCAUGAUGGCCGCGGAUUCGCACAACUUUGUAUUCGGGAGGACUCUAAAUCCCCAUCGCUCCAAUCUUACGGCUGGUGGCUCCUCUGGCGGAGAAGGGGCGUUAAUCGCGAUGCGGGGCUCGGUGCUGGGUAUUGGAACGGAUAUUGCUGGGUCUAUCCGCAUCCCCGCUAUCUGCAACGGUACCUUUGCACUGCGCCCCUCGGCGGACCGAGUCCCUUACGCUGGACAGACGAGCUCCGGCCGAGGGGGCAAGACAGGCAUUAGGGCAUGUGCUGGGCCCUUGGCGACCUCCGUUCGAGACCUGAAUAUGUUCAUGAAGCUGGUGAGCGACUUUGAUCCGUGGCAAUUUGAUUCGUCGGUGAUAUAUUCACCCUGGCGUGCUGUCACCACCAAGUCGGGGUCGCUACGAUUGGGCUUUAUUCGGGAAGACCCUCAUUUCCCACUGCACCCACCGGUCCUUCGCACUUUGGAGCAAGCUACAGAAAAGCUCCAGGCUGCGGGCCAUGAGAUCGUUCCACUGGUCACACCGUCUAUCAAGGACGCCUGUGCUCUGUCAUUCCGCAUGUUUGCCAUGGACCCGGAUGGCACUGCGUCUCGGCAUAUCGCUGCAAGUGGAGAACCUACCAUACCGGCACUGGCUUCGACGUCUCUUCCACAUGAAUAUAUGCAAUAUGACUAUGCCCCGCUGACUCUCGAGGGACUCUACGAUUUGAACGAGCAACGAAACAAAUUCAAAGAGGAGUUCCGCUCGCUCGUCGUGCAAGCGGGCAUUGAUGCUAUCAUCAUGCCUGGAUAUCAAGGAACUGCUCAACCACAUGAUCUUUUCGGUUUUGUGCCAUAUACUGUCCUCUGGAAUCUGCUAGAUUACCCGGCGUGCAUCGUACCAUUUGGCCAAGCAGACAAGACUGCCGAUUCAGCCUUCAUUCGCAAUGUGGACUACAGACCUCCUUACACGGCUGAAGCGGUGGAAGGCGCACCUUGCUGCGUGCAGUUAGUGGGCAGAAAUAUGCGCGAUGAGGAGUUGAUCCAAAUCACACAGGUCGUAGCGGAUGUGCUUGCGGGCUAA